CUUGAUAUUUUCUUCUAGCUAGUAAACAAAUUAGUCUUUAAACAGCAGUUAUGUGGAUAUGCUACUUCUAGAUUUUUUAUGGUUAUUUUGAAAUAUUGGAGAACUUCAAAUUAGAACGAUGAGUUUCCUAUGCCUCUCAAACAGGCAGCUAACGUGCUCAGUGAAGGGCACUCUGAGAUUAUCAGCACACAGUUCAUCACUGCAACCAUUGAUUAAUUCCCCGGGAGGACCAUUCCCUUGUUUCCAGUCAAAAAACUUCUACACCAACGCGACAGCUAGUGGUUCUUACGAGUUAUUGUCAACAAAAAGAGGCCCUCUGUUGUCAUUUAGAAGAGGAACUAAGAAAGCCACGAAUUUGGACGCAUCUGGCAAGCCUUUAUUUGAUGAAACGCCAGCGCCGGCUUCAGCAGACGUUGUAGUGAUCGGCGGCGGCUCUCUGGGAUGCAGCGCGCUGUACCAUCUCGCAAAACUUGGCGUCACAAACUCUGUACUUGUUGAGGCUAAUAAACUUACCGCUGGAACGACAUGGCACACCGCGGGCCUCAUCUGGGAUCUCCGACCAACGGACACAGAGACCGAAAUUCUGAAUCGUACUUUAAGUGUUAUCAAAGGCUUAGAGGAGGAAACAGGCGUAAACCCUGGAUGGAUCAACAAUGGAGGCCUCUUUGUUGCGACUAAUAAGCAACGAUUUGACGACUUGAAACGCACUGCGACACUCGGCCGGGCUUUAGGGAUUGAGUGUUUUCUUCUUGACCAAAAGGAAACUAAGAAGCUUUACCCUUUAAUGAACGUUGAUGACAUAUACGGCACAUUAUUUUCUCCUGGUUGCGGCACCGUGGAUCCUGCUGGCCUAUGCGACGCUUUGACCAGAGUGCCGAAAAAAUUAGGAGCGAAAGUCUUGGAGAACUGUCACUUCAUGGACAUCAAAACCACAACCGCAUUGAUGGGCGGUAAAAAAGUUACCGAAGUGAAAACGUCGAGAGGAGUAAUUAAGACCAACUGUAUAAUCAAUGCAACGGGUGUGUGGGCAAACAGUGUUGCCUCGAAAGUAGACCUGAAGCUGCCUUUAGUGCCCAUGAAGCACGCCUACGUCGUUACGGAAAAAAUUCCUGGUAUUCAGAACAUGCCUAAUGUUCGUGACUACGACUCGUCUACUUAUCUGAGGUUGCAAGGUGAUGCUCUCUCCAUAGGGGGAUACGAGGCCAACCCUAAAAUUAUUGAAAAGAUUGACAUUAACUUUGCGUUCGGUUUGUAUGACUUGGAUUAUGAGGUGUUCAAUCCUUUGAUGCAAGGCCACAUCAAGAGGAUCCCAGUUCUGGAAAAUACGGGUGUAAAAUCCACUGUUUGUGGACCAGAAUCAUUUACUCCGGACCACAAACCUAUAAUGGGAGAAGACCCGAUGGUCGAAGGGUUCUUCCACUGCUGCGGUUUCAACAGCGCCGGGAUGAUGCUCGGCAGCGGGUGUGGCGAGCAGAUCGCAAAGUGGGUAGUGAAUGGACGACCGGAAUUCGACAUGUUUCCUUAUGACGUCAGAAGGUACCAUGCGCCGCUAUGUGGAGACAAAAGAUGGGUCAGAGAGCGCUCCCAUGAAGCUUAUGCCAAGAACUACAGCAUCGUCUUCCCUCACGACGAACCUCUCGCUGGAAGAGGAAAGCGCAAGUCACCUCUUCAUGCUGUUUUGGAAGAGGCCGGAUGUGUUUUCCAAGAGCGACACGGCUGGGAGAGGCCUGGCUGGUUCAACGUAGAACCAACUCCUGUGCAGAAGUAUGAUUGGUAUGGUUCAUACGGUACACCCGUUAACAAAGACCAAAGAUACGUCAAAGCUCUGGAGCAAGAGUACUCCUUCGAUUUCCCUGUUCAUCACGACCUAAUCAAUGCAGAAUGUCUCGCGUGUCGAACGGGAGUUGUUGGGUUUGACAUGUCGUAUUUCGGCAAAUUCUAUCUCACCGGGCCUGACGCUACCAAAGCAGCGGACCACCUCUUCUCAGCCGACGUGAGGCGGCCGGAAGGCUCCACCGUCUAUACUUGUAUGCUUAACAAGAACGGCGGCAUCGAGGCUGAUCUUACAGUCAGCGUCGCUCAAGGCGGGAAAGGCUCGCCUUGUGAUCCCAGUUACAACGGCGUUGGCUAUUACCUUGCAGUCGGCGGUGCGGCUGCAACUCAAAACUACGCCCACAUAGUCAAGGAAAUUCGUAACAACAACUGGAAAGUUUCCCUUAUCAACCACACUGAAGAUAUGACAGUCUUUUCUAUUCAGGGACCCAAAAGUAGAAGUUUGCUCAGCAGCCUGACGUCUGCUGACCUCAGCAACGAAUAUUUUCCCUUCAGCUCCCACCGAAUCAUUGAAGUAGCUGGUCAUAAAGUGCGUGCUCUACGCGUAUCAUUCGUCGGGGAAUUAGGUUGGGAACUUCAUGUCCCGAAAACCUCCGCCGUACCGGUGUACAUGGCUGUCAAAAAAGCUGGAGAGGCUUUUGGCUUCAGAAAUGCAGGCUACAGGGCCAUGGAUUCGCUGUCGUGUGAGAAAGGCUACAGGCUUUGGCACAGCGACAUCCGUCCCGACGACACACCUUUGGAAGCUGGACUCACCUUCACUUGCAAGCUGAAAACUGACAUUCCCUUCCUUGGUCGAAGAGCUCUGGAGCAGCAGAAAAUACAGGGAAUUACGAAGAAAUUAGUUACGUUUAUCUUGGAUGACCCUAAAAUCCCCCUGUGGGGUCAAGAAGCUAUAAAAAGGGACGGACGUUACGUAGGAACCGUACGGCGAGCCGAGUUCGGUGUAGCUCUCGGGACGUCCAUAGCUUGCGGGUACGUCAGCAAGCUGGACGGCAGCGUGGUAGACAAAGAUUUUCUGACCACUGGAAAAUGGACCAUUGAAGUGAUGUGCCAAGAUACUCCAGCAAAGUUGCAUUUGAAAAAUCCGUUUGAUCCACAAAAUGAAAGGUUAAAAGGACAUUACAAUACAGUUUCUUGAGAUGCAUCACAAUAGAGAUAUGAAUUCUGCACCGUUCCCAAUUUAUCAUCAGGUAGUUAGUUCAUAUUCUCGCUGAUUGUUUGGUUCAAUGUUUGGGCAAGAUUCUUAUGCGGGUCUCCAUGCAUAUCGAAUAAAAUUCCCUGAAAUGCGAAAAUAUAAAAAAUGUUGAAUGCAUCGGUCAUAUUUAGAAGCUUGCGUGCUUCAUGUCGUAAUUCCACUUUGCCAAUUUCCUUUUCUCGAAGUGACGGAUAAAAUAAUUCAAGAAAAAUAGCCUCUCAAUGGCCUCACAUGAGGUAGUGCUAAGACUGCAUUUUUAUGGAAAAACUUGCAUUUCUUCCAGCGUGUUAGUAUUAAUUAUUGUACUGUUAUUGUUUCAAUGCCUAAUCUGGGUUUCUCCAUGACAAUACAAGUGUUAAGUCUGCA